AUAUCUUUACAGUAAAGAUGAAGCAAUUAUUGCAAUACAGUGCAUACAUAGCGUUGCUGCAAGUUCUCAUAAAUUGGGCAUUGCUUACAAAAGCUGACCCAGUGGUUCAUCUUCUAACCAAAGAGCAUGGUUCAAUUCAAUCUCCUAAUUAUCCAAAAGAUUAUGGAGUCAAUUUAGACAUUACGUGGGAAAUAACGGCAAAACCAGGCUAUAAAAUUAUUAUAUAUUUUACCGACUUCGACGUGGAAGACUCAUAUGAAGAGGGUAAAGGGAACUGUGUGUAUGACUACGUUAAGAUUUUAUCUGGAGAUAAAAUCAUCAAAACGUUUUGUGGCAGCAGUUCCCAAAACAAUAUUCACGCCCCUGUGCUGGAAAAACAAAUUGAGACGACAGGCAAUAAACUGACUUUGCAAUUCGUUUCCGAUUAUUCAAAUGAUGAUCCUAAACCCAGAGGAUUUCUAGCACAUUAUAAGAGCGUUGACAGAGACGAAUGCAAAGAAAAAGAAUUGGAAGUUAUGUAUGCUUUUGAAGAUUGGGAUGAAAUUAUAUAUUGCAACCACCAAUGUCACAACGUAGCGGGAAGUUAUUUCUGCAGUUGUGAAAAGGGAUUCCAAUUGCAUAGCAAUAAACAUACUUGCACAAGUUCUUGUCAAGGUAUCAUAUUGACUGAUGACAAAGGCAUCAUAACAACAUCCAAGUAUCCAGUUGCCUAUUCUAAACUUGCAGAUUGUGAUUGGACAAUUAAGGGAAAAAAGGGCAUCAGCAUAGACAUAAGAUAUGUUGGCACUUUUUCAAUCGAAAAACAUUUUGAAGAAGGCUGUGUUUAUGAUUGGGUUUAUCACGAACUUGCCGAUGGUACAAAAAGUGAGAGAUAUUGCGGAACAGGGAAGCCAAACAAUGGAGAAUGGAUAAACACAAACUCACAAUCAGUGAAGAUUAUGUUUCAUAGCGACUUGACUGAAGAGGAAUCAGGAUUCAAAUUAGAAUAUAAAUUUAAUAGGGUGCAAUGUAAAAAAAUACUGAUAGCGCCACAAAAUGGAAUGAUAAUCUCGCAGUCAGCUUCAAGAUAUGAAUUUGAAGACGUGGUUAAAUUUGCUUGUGUCAAGGGAUUCCGAAUAAUAGGAGAGAAGUCGAUUACGUGUUUAAAUAAUGGGAAAUGGAGCGCCACGGAACCCGUUUGUCAAGCUAUCAUCUGCGAUCACCCGAAGGACUUCGUCAAAAUAAAACAUGCGACUCGAGUUAUUCUACCUACGUCAUUUGCAUAUGGUGCAACUUUUACUGUUGCCUGUGACGGUGAAUAUUUUGAAAUGGUUUCGGGAGCAGCGUCUUGGAUAUGCGGAGAUGACGCAAAGUGGGUACCCAAUUCUGAACUUCUGGCACCGAAUGAUAACAACAAUGUUCCGGAAUGCAAACCAGCUUGUGGAUUAAAAGGAAAUACAAGACGCCUGGCAUUUGCAAAUUUUAGGAGGCGAAGGGCAGUCCUAAAAACAGCAACAAAAUUCAUAGGCCAAAAUGUCAUCGUCGCAGCUGUUGUACGAGGAAAACCUGCAAAAUAUGGAGAAUGGCCGUGGAUGGCACUUAUAGAUUUAUUUGGCUCUGGCUUAAACACAAACGAAUUUUGUGGAGGAAGUCUAAUAUCUGCAAGAACUGUCGUCACUGCUGCUCACUGCACAUCGAGAACUUAUGUUGACCGGAUUAAUGUGUUUCUUGGCGUAUCGGAGAGAAACUAUGCUGGCGAUAUUCAUGUACAGAAAUUCAAAGUAGCUGAACUAUACGAACACGACAAAUAUGUCCAUUCCAAUUUCGAUAACGAUAUAGCGGUCAUCAUUCUGGAUAAGUCGGCAGUCAUAGGGCAAUAUGUACGUCCGGUUUGUCUUCCUCGAUCGGUUCGACAAAAAUCUCUUCCAAAAUAUGCGUUAACGGAUCCAGAAAGUUUUCCAAAGACAGGGGUGAUAGCAGGAUGGGGAAUAACUGAAACGGGAUAUCUUCCUAAGGAGCUGAACUUUGCUCGUAUCCCACCAAUAGAAGAAAGCAGAUGCAAGCAGUUAUAUAAAGCUAGCAAUCCUUCUGGUUCCGACGGAAUAAAAAUAACACAAAAUAUGAUUUGUGCAGGAUAUCCAGGUAAAGGUAAAGGCAGAGACUCAUGCCAAGGGGAUUCCGGAGGGCCUUUAAUGUUCAAGGAUCCAGACAGAUCAAAAUAUUAUCUCAGUGGCGUAGUUUCAUUUGGCUCAACGGAGAAAUGUGGCGAAGGAACGUUUGGAAUAUAUACAAACGUGUCACGAUAUAUCAGCUGGAUUGAUAAUUUCAUUCGAGAUUAGAGGUUAUGUCAUCCAACUGAACUAUGAAUCUUAUUGAAAACUUUGUAUAACAUUACGUAUACCAAUGAACUAGAAUUUCAAAGCACCAUGGGAUGAGUAAAAAGUGGUUUUUGAGAUAUGAACUAUAAAUAUGACUAUCAAUAUAAUAGUAAAAAAAAAAUGAAAAUGUAGAGGUGGUGAUUUGAUCUUCAGGUCCGUAUGAUUGUCAGUUGCUCUUUUGCUUGUAGAAUCAUUCAAUGUGUCAGGAUUGUUUUCAAGCACUGAUCAUGUUGAUCAUAAAAUUCAGCGAUGGAUCAAUGAACAAUAAAAAGAUUCAAUCGUCAAAUGUAAAGUGAGGUUACUUCCAUUGUAUAUAUAUAUAUGAAAUUUUACCUGUUACACACACCCGUUCCGAUCAAGGAGCUUUUAUUUUAUUGUUUAAAAACUAUAAUAACAAAUAAUGUUACAAUGUCCACCAAAUAUAAAAAUGAUAGGAUCAUGAAUGUGGUAUUCAAUUUGCUUAAAGUAUAAUAUCCGAUAAAUAUGUCGGAAUAAAUCCUCUGAUACAACCAUAUGUACAAAAAAUAAAAUUUCGGAUA